AUGGCCGACGUGGAAUCUACCGGCCCGACGGUGGCGGCGACGGCGCCAGUCGCUGCGUCCAAGAACUCUCAGGUGAUCAAAGUGUACAUGCCGACGUACAUCAUGGCUCCAACGGAAGACGAACGGUUUCGACGCAAGACUGUGUGUGCAAUCGUGUCGGAUUGUCUGGCCAAGGAGCUUGGGAACAAAGAGUACGACGAGGACGACUCGAAGCUCUGGUGUGCGUCCAUCGCCGACGCUGUCAAAAGCCGCAUUCGCACCGAGUGCAACUUUCCUCGCUACAAGAUCAUUGUCCAAGCAUUUGUGGGCCAGCAAAAGCUGCAGGACGUACGCAUUGCGUCGCGGUGCCUCUGGGACAACGACCAUGACAACCACGCAUCCGCCGAAUACGCCAACCAAUCGAUUUGGGCGACGUGUAUUGUAUUUGGUAUGUACGCCGAUUAA